AUGAAGUUCAACCUUGCCCUCACCCUUCUGGCCGCUUCUGCUUCCUCUGCGGCAGCCUGGACUCUCAGGGGCUUCAAAGACUCAACCUGUACCACUCCUAAUGAUUGGGUUUUAUCAGGCGCAGAGCCUCAAGACUGCUAUGCACUGGAUGUCUGGCCCCGUGCGAUAAACGUUGCGGGACUGCCGAAUGACAUUGAGUUCUCGUCUUACAGCGAUGCUAACUGUGAGACCAAUCAAACCUCCGGUGGUAACAACUGCUACGCACCAAGCAAGGGUCCAAUCGUUGCCUUUAAGUUGACCCAACGCUCCGCCAACUGA